CACAGGCCCUGUCCGCCGCUGGGAAAAAGCUCGGGGUUUCUGAAUAUGGGAAGUCCCGACGCUGCGUGAACCACAGCUUCGCUGCGCCAUUGCGACUAUUAUUGCGACCGCCCUUGGACGGCCUCCCACGAUGCGCAGCACUGGCUCGGCCUAGACGCCUCCCCCAUCUCGCACCAUGCCGUCGUCCUUGACGCGCAAUGUGUACCUCCGACUGCUGGCCAGCCAUGGCCUGCUCCGUCCGUGUGCCGCCCUCCCCAGCCGCUGCCUCGCCGUUCCUUCCCGGCCGCGCCCCUGCCCUUGCCCCUGCCCGCACUCGCACCCGCACCAGUACCCGCUGCUUGUCCGCCGCCAGCCCCGGAGGACCUUCUUCGGUAUCUUCCAGAAGCCGCCGCGCAUGCUGAAGGAGCCCGAAAUCGAGCCCGGCUACGAUGUGCUCUUGCUGUUCAACAGCUUGGAGACAGACAAUGCGCGCCCCCCCGCGCGAGAAGAGCUCUUGAAGGGCUGGAGGCAGUUUGUCCAGCACAAGAGGAGGAACCACCGCAGGGCGUUAAACUCGACACAGGCCUACCUUACGCUACAAUUGCUCAGCCAUCUUGUGGAGACGGCGCCGGAGACAGAGGGCCACGGCGAUGAUCUCAGCUUCUCGGAUCUCCGCGCCGCCCUGUGGGUCACGGCGACCAGACCGCCCAAGGGCACGUCCGAGUACCACCUCGAACUCGCAAAGCUGCUCUACGGGGAGAUCGAGCGGAGGAUACAGAACAUGCGCGAUCUCGGCAUUGACGAGGAGAUGAUCAAGGAGGCCGUCGGAGGGAAAGACGCGGGCGACUUUGAGCUGUUCCUCACCGCCCUGACACAGUACGGUGGCUCAUUGGAGGCCGCCGAACGGCUCGCCGAGUUCAGAGCCCAGCUGGAUGGGGAACAGAAGAUGGCCGCCCGGGUAAAGGUGUUUUGGACCUUGGUGCUGCGCGGCCUCGCCAAGGAAGGCCGCGAGGAGGACCUGCUGCGCGAGUAUAAGAAGGCCGAGGAGGCGCACUUGGAGUACCUGCCGCAGGUCCACGAGAUCAUGACUACCUUCUUCGCGUCCCGGGAUCGGGUUGAGGAGACGAAGCACUGGUUCGAGAAGCCGAUCCACGCCAACCGGAUGCGGAGUCCCAAGGCGUACAUGGCCGCGGUGCGGUUCGCGAUCCGGAACGGAGAGCAGCAGUGGCUGCAGCCCAUCUUCGAGCAGCUGAUCAACUCGAACCCGCCGAAGGAGUGGUGGGACGUCGUGUUCCAGUGGGCCGUGCUGGUCCUGGAUAAGGGCGUCGAGGACAUCAAGCAGAUGAUCCAGGUCAUGUCGACUCCGAAGGAGGGCAGGGAAGGUGGGAAGCAGGGCAAAGAGGGUCCGAAACCGGACGCGGCCACCAUCGACGCCCUCAUCCAAGCCGCCAUCGAGAAGCAGAACCCCUACCUCGCCGAGCGGUUCCUCUCGCUGGGCGCCGAGCUGCAGAUCCAGCCCAGAGCGUCCACCUACAUCCUCCAGAUGGACUACCGCCUGGACGCCAAAGACUUCAGCGGAGUCCAGGCCAUCUACGACAAGCUGCUGAAGGGCGAAGUCACCGUGAGCCAGGACGAGGACCUGCCCGUCCUCAACAAGUACCUCCGGGCGCUCUGCGCCGUCGCAGAACCCGACCUCGGCCGCAUCCUCGACAUCACGGCCGACCUGGAGCACCGCCACGCGACGCUCGAGCCGGAGACGGUGGUGGCGCUCUGCAUGGUGUUCCUGCGCAGCGACAACCAGUACGACGUGAUCGACACGCUCUCGCUGCACACCGUCUCGUACAGCCUGGAGGAGCGCGCGCAGGUGCGGCGCGCCUUCGUCGAGUACUGCCUCGACCGGCGGGUCAGCACGGCGCGCGUGUGGGACUGCUACUCGCUGCUGCGCCAGUUCUUCCCGGAGACGGAGCCGGCCGAGCGCGUCCGCCUGAUGGACGCCUUCUUCGCCCGCCGCCGCCCGGACAUGGCCUGCCUCGUCUUCGGCCACAUGCGGUCGCAGGACAGCCCGGCGCAGCGGCCCACGCCGGACAUGUACGUGCGCUGCCUCGAGGGGCUCGGCGCCCACCCGGACCCGGAGUCGCUGCGCAUGGUCUACAACAUGCUCAAGAUGGACACGUCGGUCCAGCUGGACACGCGGCUGUACAACGGGCUGAUGCUGGCCCACGCGGCCUGCGACGAGCCCGACACGGCCGUCGACUUCUGGCGCGACAUCACCAACUCGGCCGAGGGCCCCUCCUACCGCAGCCUCGAGAUCGUCUUCUGGGCCUGCGAGCGCCUGCCCUACGGCGACCGCACCGCCCGCGGCAUCUGGCAGAAGAUGCAGCGCCUCGACCUCGACGUGCCGCCCGAGGUGUUCGCCGCCUACUGCGGCGCCCUGGCCGGCAGCGGCCACCUCGAGGAGGUCAUCCGCCUGAUCAGGGGCAUGGAGGCCAGCGUGGGGUAUGGGCCGGGGAUGAUGACACUCGGGGUCACGUACAAUGCGCUGCCCGGGAGAGAGAGGAAAGAGCAGUUCGAGGCGUGGGCCAAGGCCGAGUACCCGGACAUCUGGUCGCAGUUGGAGAAGAAGGGCCGCCAGGAGACGCUCAGGGGCACCAAGUUCAACAUUGUCAGGGAAUUGAAGGCAUAAAAGAGUCUGCAUGUACGAAUGUUGGGUUAGGCAGGCCGCGGAAGGCUCCCGGGGGGGCACAUGCUUGUUGCCCUGGCUGUAUAUUUCGAAUUUUUUCGCUCAGUGUACAUGAAGGUACAAGAAACGGUCUACACGCGAAA